AUGUUCACAUUUAUCUGUUUGUUCGUUUGUAUAUCCUUAUUCAAUUCUAACAUGUUAUCGUUGUCCAGUAGCCAAAAUGAACCAUCGGCACUUUUAUCAAAUGCUCGUGAAACUAUUGCGACAUUGAUUCAACGACCAAGUACGGUCACAACGUCAAAUGCUUUCGAAGAAUUCUCAAUCUUAGAUCAUUUAAUUGAUGUUAGCAAUGAUGUCGAGCGUUUCGAGGAUGGCGAAAGCCGUAAAUUUUUGAAUAUCGCUCAGCUGAUCACUGCUUCCACGUGUAUUUAUUCGCGUCGUGUGGAUGCGCUUUAUAAAUUGAUCAAUACAUUUCAAUCGUCAACAUCGGAAAAUCAAUCUGAAGAGAAUCAUUCCGACAAUGAUGAACAAUCUGAACCUGUUCCUGUUCUUGAACAAGAGAAAUCUUCACUACAAAAAGCUCUGCAAGAAAAAAAGAGAAAAUCGAAAGAAGAUAAACGGUCAUUUAUUUGUACUGAUCUGAAUAGGAUUAAUUUUAAUUCAUCGAAACCGUUCUUUCUCGAUCGAACAGCUCUGUUUGAUCUGAAGCUUUUUCAAAAAUAUGUACCAAUUGGUAACAAACAGUUUUGGAUAAACGAUAAUCAACCAAUGAUUUUCAAUUUGCUCUUUGACCAUGAAUUACACGAAGUUAAAAACGAACCACAAGAUAAUUACUAUCUUCAGCACACAUCUCAACAAUCUGAACGAUUAGCUGAUGCAUUGAAUAACAUACCAGCUGUUGAUGUCAAUGACAUUCCACUACCGAUAUCUGACGAUAAUGACAAUCACAAUCCAUCGUGGAACAACGAAGAAACGUUUAUUGAUCAGGUGAUUACAAAGAAAAAAGUUAACCGAAAUCGAACGAAGAAAGUUGAACACGACAUUGAUUUGAAUAUAUUUCGUCAAGGUCUCAGUCAUGAACAACAAGCACUUUUCCGUUGUCAAAAAAUGAAACCCAUAACGAAUAAAGUCAAGAUUGAACGAGAAGACUUUUUCGCGAAAAAGUUCAAUCGAUUACAUUUCCAUGGGUUAAUUAAAGAUAUCCCAUCAUCAAUCAUUUCGAUUAUUAUUUAUCCGACAAUAACAGUUCAACAUUUGACAAUUCGAGAACGAUAUUUGACGAAGAUCGAUCAAACUUCAUAUCGAACAGUUCGUUCACCUCCAAUACCCAUAACCAAGGUUCUGGAUGAUAAUGCUCAAGUUCCAUUAUCACCCUUAGGAUCUUUUUCUCAUGAGAUGAAUGAUGAUGAAGGAAUUCAAGAAGAUUUUGACAUUCGUCUUCAAACUGAUAUGGAACAAUUUCUCGAUGCUGCCAUUUGUCAAUCGAACGAAGAACAAGAACAUAAUAAGAUCUUUCUCGAACUUCGUUCUAAUAUCACUUGGUAUAUGAAUCAACAUAACGCGAACAAAACGAUCGACGCUUACGAGUUAAUUGAAACAUUGGAUGAAAAGUAUUCGCUACCACUGAUCUUUGGUCAAUUGUUACACCUAUGCGGAUCAACACAACGGUAUCAUCUUCAUUCCAACACGAAUGAUACCCUAUUUCUCGAGACCAUUGCUGUAGAUAAGAGAAAAUAG